UUAGGGACUGAGUUGAAACAUUUGAAAACUGAAGUGAUGAAAUCAGAACAAAUAUAAAAUUGUCGGCGUCACCAGCCCUAAAUUCCAUUUCCUCCGCCGCGACGAACACCGCCAGAAGCCGUUCGAUCUGCGUUCCGUCCGAUAAUCGCCGCCAGCAUAUAUUGCCGUUCCGGCUGAUAAAUCGCUUCUUUUAGAUUUUAGAACACGCCAGCCGCUAUUGACUGAACUUUGUCGGCGGUGGCCUCCGUUCCGGCCGCUAUAACGGCAUUCCGGUGAACUAUGAGAGGAACUCACCGUUUAUUUUCUUAUGUUAAAACCCCUCUUCAUCAACCCCCCUUUUUAUCCAGGCACCUGCUUGAUGCCGAGGGUUCGAUUUCUUCGUUUGGUGGAAGCCAUAGAAAUAUAUACUCGCGGGUAGUUGGGUUCGAAUGUCGGGGUUUACUGUCGAAUAAUCGAUCGUGUUCGAUCAAUUUCAUGCGGCAAUAUUCUACUCAUAAUGCUGCUAAAAAUAUAUACUCGCGAACAUUUGGGUUCGUGUGUCGGGGUUUAAUCUCGAAUAAUGGAUCGUGUUCGGUCAAUUUUGGGCGGCGAUACUCGACUCAUAAUAAUGCUGCUGCUGCUAGUAUGGAAAAGAAAUCGAACAAGAUGCUUUUAUACUUGACCGGAUUGGUAUUUGCUAUGGUGGGGUGUAGUUAUGCUGCGGUUCCUCUGUAUCGGAGAUUUUGUCAAGCUACUGGUUAUGGGGGCACUGUUCAGCGUCGAGAGAGUGUUGAAGAAAAGAUUGCUCGUCAUUCGAAGGAUGGAACUGUCGCGUCUAGGGAGAUUGUUGUGCAGUUCAAUGCUGACGUGGCAGAUGGGAUGCCGUGGAAGUUUGUUCCCACGCAGAGAGAGGUAAGGGUAAAGCCAGGGGAGAGUGCGCUUGCUUUUUACACUGCUGAAAAUAAAAGUGCAGCUCCGAUAACUGGCGUAUCGACUUAUAAUGUUACUCCGAUGAAGGCAGCAGUUUACUUCAAUAAAAUACAAUGUUUCUGCUUUGAAGAGCAAAGACUUCUCCCAGGCGAACAGAUUGACAUGCCGGUGUUCUUUUACAUCGACCCCGAGUUUGAAACAGAUCCGAAAAUGGAGGGUAUCAACAACUUGAUUCUUUCAUACACAUUCUUCAAGGUUUCCGAAGAGAAGUAGUGCUUCCUGCUCGGUUCACUUUUUGAUUCUUGGAAGAAAAAGCAUUUUCAACUACAUUUUAUUCCAAUAGCCCAAUAUAUAUCAUAUGGAAAUAGACGAUGUUCUUGCUCUCUUUCUAGGACUUCGUCUCUCCAACCAAACACCCCAAAUUUUGAGUUCGUUCCAUCAUUUGGUGAAAUAAUGUCGGUAAAAACAUUAAUUCUCUAUAUUUACGUGUAUUUAGUGGAAUGGCCAGAUAUUGUUAAUAAACUUUCAAGAAAAUAUAUUUUUUGAAUUCGUGUUUAU